AGAAAGUAAAUACUUUUCUCCACUUCCUUAAUAUAUGAUCAUUCUACCAUAGCCAUAUAUACCUUUAGUCACAAAGCACCAAUAUUUGAUUUUCAAUUUUGGUUUUGUGCCUUCACAAAAAGGCAAGAGAUAGAUGAUCAUGGAUAACCCCAAACACAUAUUUGGGAGUAUGGCAACGGUGACAUUACUCUUCGUUGGAGUUAUUUUGAUGUAUCACUGGUCCUCUUCUUUCUCCAACGAAUUACUCCUAACCCAGAAAGAACUACUCUGCAAACAAUCCAAUUUUACCACCAGCACCACCAAUAUUGAAGCACAUGGAGAUGCCCUUGAUUCUGCUUUGGCCAAAGCCUCAAUGGGAAACAAAACGGUGAUAAUUGCUGUAGUAAAUAAGGCAUAUGUAGAGCAAGAUGUAGAGAGUGAUACAACUAUGUUUGAUAUAUUUCUUGAUAGUUUUUGGCUUGGAGAGGGAACAAAGCCUCUCAUUAAUCAUCUUCUCAUAGUAGCGGUUGAUCGAAAGGCCUAUGAUCGAUGUCAAUUUCUGAAGCUGAAUUGCUUCAGAUUAGACACAGAUGGGGUUGAUUUUGAAGGUGAGAAAAUCUACAUGUCUCAAGACUUCAUCAAAAUGAUGUGGAGAAGGACUUUCUUCCUCUUGGAAGUUCUCAAACGUGGCUACAACUUCAUUUUCACGGACACAGAUGUAAUUUGGCUAAGAAAUCCAUUUACAAGAUUGAGCAAGAAUAAGGUAGAAGACCUCCAAAUUAGCACAGACACGUACAUUGGUGACCCUUGGUCAGAAAAGAAUCCAAUCAAUACUGGAUUUUACUUUGUGAGGUCAAAUAACAAGACCAUUUCCUUAUUUGAAACAUGGUAUGGACAAAAGGAUAAUGCCAUGGGAAAAAAAGAGCAGGAUGUGCUUCUUGAUCUCAUUAGAGGUGGAGUAAUUAAACAAUUGAAACUUAAGGUUAGAUUUUUGGACACCCUUUAUUUUAGUGGAUUUUGUCAAGAUAGCAAAGAUUUUAGGACAGUUACUACUAUCCAUGCCAAUUGUUGUAGAAGCAUCACUGCAAAGGUGACAGAUCUCAAGACAGCCCUUCAUGAUUGGAAGAAAUAUAAGAGAUUGGACGUUAAUUCUACUAUGAAUCUACAAUGGACCAAGCAUAAUUGGUGUUGGAAAUCUUGGAGAACACCUAUAAAAACAAAUGCUUAAACAUCUUGAAUGAUGCAAAACUACCCAUUUUUAUUUUAUAUUUACUGAGCUUUUUUAAUUUAGGAAAGUGAACAUUUGAGGGUUUAUUUUGAUUUUUUUUUCCUCAGUAUGCACACAUGGAACAAUUGAAAAUGAAGAGAAAAAUCUGUAU